AUGUGUUUUGCAGAAGAGCGUCCUCAUGGCAGGUCCUGGGAGAAGGUGAAGCUUUACAAAAGCGAGAAUCUUGACAACCCAAUCCAGAUGGUGUCGCUGGGCCAGUCCCUGUUCUUCCACUUCCCACCGCUGCUCCGGGACGGGGAGAACUACGUCGUGCUCCUGGACUCCACCCUCCCCAGGUCACAGUUCGACUAUGUCCUGCCGCAAGUGUCUUUCACCGCAGUGGGCUAUCACAAGCACAUCACCCUGAUUUUCAACCCCACGAGGAAGCUUCCUGAGCAGGACAUCGCCCAAGGAUCCUUCGCCCUGCCGCUCACGCUGCUGCUCCUGUUGGCUGGCUACAACCAUGACAAGCUCAUUCCCUUGCUGUUACAACUGACUAGUCGGCUACAGGGGGUCCGAGCUUUUGGCCAGGCAGCCUCUGACAACGGCUGUGAAGACGCGAAGAGACAGGUCAAGAAACAGAAGACCAGGCGCACGUGAGGAGGACGGUGCCCAGUGUCACUCAGCUGGCACAGCCAGGGCCAGCCACCUGCCUGGGGAGAGAGCUCACUCACUGCACCCGCACCCCGGGUCCCGUGUGCCCUUCUGUUGUUGGCAUGGCGGCCUGCUCCGUCCUCCCCUUUGGCCCUGUGGUGCAACUCAGUGAUGGACCCCUCCUGUCACUCUGCUGAACACAGUUUAUUUUCUGAGUUGAAGAUAAUUUAUUACUAUUAUUUUUGUCAGAGAAGUAUUUAAGCCGUGCUGGUGGCAUGAGAAUGUAAUUCCCAAUCUCCCAUUUGGUUUGCAAGAAGAGUCCACCGUGAAGCCUGCUGCGCCCCCUCUGCGUCGCCCUGCUGGAGACCAUGAAGCCCUGCCCACGCCGGCGGGAGCCGCUAGGAGGUGAAUCAAUAAAGUCGCCCACUCAUUUG